AUGCAGUAUAUAACCUAUCAUACACGACCCUAACAUCUUAUUGGAUGAGAGAACAAUUCCCAAGUCGGCUCUUUCUGACAGUGGGGCUACUCUACUCUGCACUCUCCGCUGCUGUCUCUCUAUCUGACCGUGGCAUAGCCAGCUAUGUUGAGGACCGGCAAUUAUCGGAACAUGUAUCAAGGGGAAGGCACGGGGCUGCGUGGCGGGAGUCUGGCUGGCGCGCGGGAAAGGAAGCGUUUUGCCCUGUGCAUCAACCAGGAGGAGGAGAAGAGGUACCAUCGCUUCUGCAACCAUGGUGGAGGACAACAAAUGCUUAAGAUGGAGAGACAUGUUUACCUGAGGAGUGAGGAAGCGGAUGACAACAGUCCUCGUUGCCUUGAGCAGCAACGCUACUGGGAGACCAAGGCCAUUGUAAUUCAGCGGGCCUGGCGGGCCACCCUGUACCGCAAAGUGAGCUGGCAGGGGGACUGUGAGAACCGUAUGCAUCAUCAGCUUGGGACGGAGUCACUGGAGCCCUACCAGACAGCCGUGAUGGAUGAGUUUGGCCAGGACCUCUCUCUGGAUGAACUGAAGAGCCUCCAAACUGGCUUAAAGCAUGUCAAUGAUGAAAGCAUUCAGCUGCAGAGUCACCAGCUGACUACAGACCUUGAGAACAACUUCAACAUGCCCCCACUGGAGACCAAAGUGUUGAUUAUCCAGCGUGCCUGGCGUGACUUCCUCCAGAAACAGGAAGUGAUGGAGAAGAGGAGCCCCUCCCCUCCCUCCCUCUCUUCCUUUGACAAGAUGAGCACGUCCAUCAGCAUGACCACUCUAUCAGAUGGUAUCACCCCUGUAAGUCCCACCCCUCUAUCUUUGUGCUGA